UAUCGCUGAGCCGCGUCAUCACAAAUCUCAAACAAACAUGGCGGCGCCCUGCGGCUGCUCAGCUCUCCUGGCUGGUUUAGCGCUGUUUGGGACGGUUUUAGCGGUGUUUUAUGCGGCGGACUCCGAUGUAGCAUGUCCCGCGGUGUGUCUGGCGGCCGUGGCCGGACUGCUGCUGACGUUGUGGGGCUUCAGGCUGCGGCGGCGGGACGGAGGGACGGAGCGACGGGUCUGUGUGCUGGUGCUCGGGGACAUCGGUCGCAGUCCUCGGAUGCAGUAUCACGCCUUGUCGCUGAGCAAACACGGAUAUCAGGUCACUUUUGUCGGGUUUUUAGACUCCAAACCUCAUCAGGACGUUCUGAACGAGGGGAAGAUUCAGAUUGUUCCCAUCGCGGAGGUGAAAGGAGUUCUAGUGGGACCCAAGAUCCUGACAUACGUGUCGAAGGUGUUUCUUCAGUCGCUGCAGCUUCUGUUUGUUCUGCUGACGAUGGAGCUGCAGUCUCAGAUUCUGAUGCAGAAUCCUCCUGGCCUGCCUGGCAUCGCCGUCGCCUGGUUCGUGUGCGUCCUCCGAGGCAGCCGAUUGGUCAUCGACUGGCACAACUACGGCUUCACCAUCAUGGCGCUGAGCCUCGGUCCGGCUCAUCCGGUGGUUCGACUCGCAAAGUGGUACGAACAUUUCUUCGGACCUUUGGCCACCAACAACCUGUGUGUCACCAACGCCAUGAAGGACGACCUGCAGAAAAACUGGGGCGUCAGGGCGACGACGCUUUACGACCGACCGCCGUCCAUCUUCAGAGAGACGCCGCUGAAGCUGCAGCACGAACUCUUCACGAGGCUGGCCGACGUUUAUCCUCACUUCCAGGACGCUGGGUCUGAGGAUGAGGAUGUGGAGGUGGAGAGGACAGUUUUCUCAGUCCGUGAUCCGGCCGACGGCACCGUGACGCUGAGGACGAAUCGACCGGCGCUUCUGAUCAGCAGCACCAGCUGGACGGAGGAUGAAGACUUUUCCAUCCUGCUGAAAGCUCUUGAAGAUUAUGAAGGUUUCGUUCAAGGAGGCGCUUCGUUGCCGUCUCUGGUCUGCGUGAUCACAGGUAAAGGUCCUCAGAAGGAGCAUUACAAGAAAAUCAUCGACACUCUGCGUCUGGAGCACGUUAAGAUCUGCACUCCCUGGCUGGAGGCCGAAGAUUAUCCUGUUUUAUUAGGUUCAGCAGAUCUGGGAGUUUGUCUCCAUAAGUCGUCCAGUGGACUCGAUCUGCCCAUGAAGGUGGUCGACAUGUUCGGCUGCUGCCUCCCCGUCUGCGCCAUCAGCUUCCACUGUUUACAUGAGCUGGUGAAACAUGAGGAGAACGGACUGAUCUUCAAAGACUCUGCAGAGCUAUCGCAGCAGUUAAAGUGUCUCCUGUCAGAGUUCCCCAGUUCAGAUGGUAAACUGGGAACCUUCAGGAAGAACCUCCGGACCAGCAGGGGGCAGCGCUGGGACGACAACUGGGACCAGAAUGUUCUGCCGCUGAUCAGCUCCAGAUGAAGCAAUCAGGGAAGCUGAUACAGAGAUAGCUUUAACCCAGUGGUAGUUGGUGGUACUGCAGCUAUAAAAAAAUACUGCAGAGUCGCCUGCAAAACUGUUCACUAGGUCGGUUCUGUGUAUAAAAUGUGCAGUCGAGCAAACAAACCUGAUGCAAAAGCAAAAGUAGGAAAAUAUUUCUGGCUCUUUGACCAUCUUUGAGUCCAGUUUUUAUUUAGACGUUUCCAUGAUGAACACCGAGGUCACAGCAGGAGGAUGAUUAAAGGACCAGCACUAAGGAUUUUUUGUUUGUUUGUUUUAAAGUUAAUACAUUUAAAUUGCAAAUAAACCCCCAAUACAUGUACAUUGGCCAUGAUGUGCAACAAUAUUUGGGUAAACACAACAACAAAAAAAAUAGAAAACAGGACCACCGUUAUAAAACAGAAUGGAAAACUAAUAAAAAACUACAACAAUGAAAUAUUUUAGACAAUACAAACAAAAUAGAUAACUCAAAACAAAAAACAUUUUAGAAAACCUAACAAAACUGAAAGAUCAUUUCAAAAGGAAAAUUUUAAAAAACAAAACAGAAAAUGCAACAUUUUGUGUUUACUGUUUUGUUUGUGCAAUAUUUGAAAUGUUUCGUGAAAUGUUAGAUUGUUUUGUUGUGUUUUUCUAUAAUGUUAUAUUUCGAACUUCAGGGCCACCGUCUAAAUCUUAUAAUUUUAGUUUCAUGUCUGCUUAAGUCUUUUCUUUUUUAGGAAGACGUGUGGAUUCAUGCUGAAAGUGAAACGUCUGAUAACUUCAGAUUCUUUACAGGAAACGAUGAUGAGAUUAAAAAAAAAAAAACUUCAGUGAACUUUCCAUCUUUUCAUUCCUGCAGCGUCACUUGAAUGUACAAAAGACACUUUGUUACGAUGUACAGCUGUAAAUAAAACCUUUAUUGUGUUAAA